GUUUUUUGGCGCUCUGGCUAUGGUAACACUAAACAACUUCACUGACGAAAUUCCAAACUUUAAAAUUUAACGAAAGAGACAAUGUGGUUCGCCCAUAACGCCCAGAUCCGAUUGGUCCCAGUAGAUAGUCCCCCGGAGAUAAUCCGCUUCUCCUUUCUAUCGACCAAGUUCGGCAGAAUGGUGAUGGGUGCAAUCAAGCUGGAUACAAAAGACCAGGACGCAAUUUGUUUGCUUUACUUUGUGGAUAAAGACGAUAAGACUACAUUCUUGGAAGCGCAGCGACGGUGGCCUAAAUCUCAGCUCCUGGAGGAUGAUGCUGUUCAGUUGGUGGCGAACAAACUCUUCGAGUGCGGCAAGGAAAACUCCGAAGUAGUCCCCAUUGCUGUUCAGGGAACAGAGUUUCAGCAAUCUGUGUGGCAAGCUCUCGUGGAUCUGAAAAUUGGCGAUACCUUCACAUAUUCCCAACUGGCCGAUCGCAUGGGUCAUCCCAAAGCGACGAGAGCAGUGGCCAAUGCCGUGGCCAAAAACGAGAUUGCCAUUCUCAUACCUUGCCACCGGAUUGUUUCCCAAAACGGAGCAAAUAAGUACCACUGGGGUGCUCACCUCAAGCAGCAGCUCCUUGCCUUUGAAAAGUCGUCUUAUUAAAAAUUGUUACUUGUAUUUUUAUUGAAACUCAA